CCCAGCAGAAGAUGGCGUUUGUACGCUGUAGGCGAGAUCCCUGCGGCGUAAUUUGUCUGAUUUUAACUUAUUUCAGCGUGUUUUACGCGGACUACGUGGUCAUCCAAUAUGUGCUCAUCCCCGCAUACUCCGGCAGUGUGUGGUGUACCCUUCAUGGGUCAGUGUUCAACCUGAUCCUGCUGCUGUUGCUGGCCUGUCACUCCAAAGCCGUCUUCUCUGACCCGGGGAUGGUGCCUCUUCCUGACACAGCCAUAGACUUCUCUGACCUUCGUUCUCAGUCGUCUCGGAUGAAUGAACGGGGCUGUGAAGGCUGGACAGUGUGCAGCCGCUGUGAAACCUACAGACCUCCCAGAGCGCAUCACUGCCGCGUCUGCCAGAGAUGCAUACGGCGCAUGGACCACCACUGCCCCUGGAUCAAUAACUGCGUCGGGGAGCUGAACCAGAAGUACUUCAUCCAGUUUCUCUUCUACACAGGCAUGGCCAGUCUGUACUCCCUGGUGCUGGUGGUGUCGGCCUGGGUGUGGCGGAUAAGAAACGAGAGAGAAGGAGAUGUGGACAAGGAAGGAGAGGACACGCCCAGUAAACACCUGAUAGUUGCUCACUACAUCAUCCUCCUGGUGGAGUCGGUGCUGUUUGGCGUCUUCGUCAUGGUCAUCUUCUACGAUCAGCUGGUCUCCAUCAUCACAGAUGAGACUCCCAUAGAGCAGAUGAGGAACAGGCUGAUGAUGAAGGACCGAGGCUCCUCCUCCUCCUCCUCCUCCUCCUCCUCGUUAACCCCUCCCUCCUCUCAGAUGUCCUACCACCCCUCACACACCCGCAAACCAAAGCUGGCUCUGCUGAGGGAGGUGUUUGGAAGAGUGGGUUUCCCUCCCCCAGGCUCGGUCCUCUGCUGGCUUCUCCCUCUCCACUCCAGUCCUCCUACAGUGGGCGGCGUCUCCUACUCUGCUCUGCCCGACUAUGACGUAUGACCUUCGACCUGUGACGGCCAUCUGACGGGACCACUAACAGACGGCAGGAAAGGCUUUACACGUGUGUGCGUGUGUUCGAAUGAACUUCUGCCUAACUACGUUGUGUCUUAUCUUUGGACAUGAGAUGAAGGCGGAGCAUAAGACUGAGGCGGAACAGAGACGUGACCAUGUGAAAAACUGGAAUGAAUGAAGGGAUGAAGAACCCACUGUGUGUCAGAGUUUACUCCCCCAG